GUCUUCGCGGAAGUGAAUCCGUAGGAUGCUGCGGUACGAAUUAAAUAUUCUUCCAGUUAAUCUAACAUUUUUGUUGCAGAUACAGGGCAAAAUGUUAUAUGCCGUAGUAAUCUCUCUCCUUGCAGGACCCCUGCUUUAUCUGCUAUAUCUUGCUUAUGAAUCUAUGACGAGACCAAGACGAUUUCCUCCUGGUCCAAUGGGCCUUCCAUUUGUCGGUAGUCUUCAUCUUCGCGGAGAAUUUCCGGAAAAAAAUUGUAUCGAGCUUGCAAAGAAAUAUGGGAAUACAUUCAGCUUAAAGUUUCUGAGAAGCAAUUUUGUUUGCUUGGUCGGAACUGAAGCCAACAGAGAAGUUUUAUGCCAUAAGUAUAUUGCUGAUCGUACACCAACAAAUAUUUUCACCAUGGUAAAAGGGAAAAAUGCUCCUGGUAUUGUCCAUAGCAGGUUUAAUGAACAACUUAGAGUGAAUAGAACAUUUCUACACACUAUGAUCACAGAUGCAAAUGCUGUUCCCGGUAACAACCUGGAACAGAUAACCCAAAGGGAAACUGCACGAUUGAUUGAAGAGUUAGAAAAUUUAUUCAAAAAUGGUGAGCCAGGGUAUGUUCGAAAAUCAGUUCGAAUAGGAUUCUUCACUGUUUUGAUUUCAAUGAUAUUUGGAACCAAAGAAAAUCGAUCAGAGAAAUGGCUGAAAAAGCUCGAAAAAGUUAUGGAAGACAUCAUUGCACUCGAAGACUACUUUAUGGACAAGAAACUCAUCAUGUCGGAGUUGCUCACCGGAUUGGACAAAAUAUGGCUGCCUGAAGCGGGGAAACAAUUUAUUGCGGCUUGUGAUAGAAUAUUUGCAUUUAUUCAAGAAGGCAUCGACAUUCAUAAAAGGACAUUCAAAUCCUUGACUGAACCUCGUAGUUUGAUUGAUUGUUAUCUAAAAAGAAGAAGAAACGCCGGACAUGGAAAAGAUUCAUUGUACUCUGAUUAUAAUUUAAAGAUUCUAAUAUUUGAUAUUUUUAUCGGCGCCCUUAAGAAUGUAUCAACUGGAAUGGAAUUCUCUACGUUAUACUUGGCAGCUCAUCCAGAAAUUCAGAAAAAACUCCACGAUGAAGUGUUUGAAGUUUUAGGAAAAGACGGCGAAGUAAAAUACAAUGACAUUUUACGAAUGCCAUACACCAAAGCAACUUUGUAUGAGCUUCUAAGAUUUGGCAAUAUGCUCGCAAAUGGAGUUCCAAGAGUUGCGAUGGAAGAUGUUUCCAUCAGCGGGUAUUCAAUACCGAAAGGAACUAUUUUUCUGAUGAAUCCUUAUUCCAGCAACAAACAAGAGGGAAAAUGGAAAUAUCCAGAAUCAUUCAAUCCGGAGAACUUCUUGGACGAGGAAGGGAAAUUUCAGAAUAACGCAGCAUUUCAAGUUUUCGGUGCUGGAGCAAGGAAAUGCCCUGGUCCCCGCGCUGCAAAACAACAGUUGUUUAUGUUCCUGGUCACAAUAAUGCAAAAUUUUACCAUCAAACCAGAAACAGACGAAACAGAAAUUGAUUAUGAUGGUUUGCCUGGACUUAUUCGAAUGCCACGGAAGCAAAAAAUACGAUUAUUACCGCGUGAUUAACUUUGAAACAAAUUAUCAUUAAAUUCAUCAUGCCAUCUUAAUUGAUUGAUAUAUGGGACUGUAAAUUCUCAAAUUAAUUUAUCUGAAUUUUUUUAAUUGUGUCAUGGCUGUUUCAUAUUUGUUUUACUUCAAUAUUUUAAGUGCGUGUCACGAUGAAAAUAUGAUAAACUUUUUGUAAAUAACAUUUGACGUUAAAACGAAAAUAGAGAAGUAUAACACUUUUCAAGACGCAAGUUAGGCUACUCUUUCAUUUCACUAAUCUUAGCAUUGCAUGGUGUAACAUUAUUACUCUACAUCAAUUUUAUUUAAAUAAAAAUAAGUGUAUUAGA